AUGGAGGAAGUGUUUUCCUUUGGCAUGAAACUAGCUUCUUCACUUGCUGCUGUAGGUAUUUUCAGCUGGAUACUUUAUGUUUAUGGCAAUUUGUGGUAUAACUCUCAAAGGAUUAGAAGGAAGCUCCAAACGCAAGGUAUUAAAGGGCCUCCACCUUCUUCUUUUCUACAUGGGAAUCUACCUGAUAUGCAGAGAAUCAAAUCACAAGCUAGCUUAUCCAAACCAAAUUAUGAUCCGUUUCUAGCUCAUGAUUAUUCUGCUGCACUCUUCCCAUUUUUUCAACAGUGGAGAAAACAAUACGGUUUAGUGUACACUUACUCGAUAGGGAUGAAGCAACAUCUCUACGUAAACGAACCGGAUCUCGUGAAGGAAAUGAACCAAUGUAUGACUUUAGGUUUAGGUAAGCCUUCUUAUAUUACUAACAAACUUUCACCAAUGCUUGGUAAUGGCAUUUUGAGAGCCAAUGGUCAUAGUUGGGCACAGCAGAGAAAACUUGUUGCAGCUGAGUUUUUCAUGGACAAAGUUAAGGGUAUGGUGGGGCUUAUGAUAGAGUCAGCACAGCCAUUACUUCUAAAAUGGGAACAAAUUAUUGAGGAGCAAGGUGGUGGUGCCACAGCUGAAGUUAAAGUUGAUGCUGAUUUGAGAGGCUUUUCAGCUGAUGUUAUUUCAAGGGUUUGUUUUGGACAUUCUUAUUCUAAGGGAAAAGAAGUUUUCUUAAAGCUUAGAAGCAUCCAAAAGAUCAUGUCGAACCAUGGCUUCCUUUUUGGACAGAGCGGUUUCCUGGAGAAACUGAAAUUUCGGACGAAGAAGGAAGAUGAGAUAAGCAGUUUGGAGAAAGAGAUAGAGUCACUGAUAUGGGAGUUAGUGGAGGAACGGAAGCGAGAAUCCUCGUCAGAGAAGGAUUUGAUGCAGUUACUGCUGGAAGCUGCAAUGAAUGAUCAAAGUUUAGGGAAGGAUUUCUCAAAGCAGUUCAUUGUGGAUAACUGCAAAAACAUAUACUUUGCUGGUCAUGAAACUACUGCUGUUGCAGCUUCUUGGUGUUUGAUGCUUCUUGCUUUAUACCCCGAAUGGCAAACUCGUAUAAGAACCGAGGUGGCUCAACAUUGCCCCAAUGGCAUACCAGAUGCAGAUUCUCUCCCUCUUUUGAAAACGGUGACAAUGGUGAUUCAAGAAGUGCUAAGAUUAUAUCCACCAGCAGCCUUUGUAUCCAGGGAAGCAUAUGAAGAUAUCCAAAUUGGAAACCUAAAUGUUCCAAAAGGUGUUUGUUUGUGGACACUGAUUCCAACUUUGCACAGAGAUCCUGAAAUUUGGGGACCAGAUUCAAAUGAGUUUAAACCAGAAAGGUUCAGCGAGGGUGUUUCUAAGGCUACCAAGUUUCCACAAGCUUAUGUGCCAUUUGGAAUCGGCACUAGAUUGUGUGUGGGGAAGAACUUUGCAAUGGUUGAACUAAAGGUUGUGCUAGCCCUUAUUGUCUCCAAGUUCAGCUUCUCUUUGUCUCCUAGUUAUAAGCAUUCUCCUGCUUACAAUAUGAUUGUUGAGCCAGGACAUGGUGUGUAUAUUCUCAUUCAGAAGAACUGA